GUUCUUUGUAUAAAACGGCGCAAAAAUUGCACGCUUCUUUGUUUCCACGUAAUCGAGCAAACUGUCUAGAAAGUCAGUCAAGCACCUUGAUUUCUUACGGCGAUCUUAUUGAUGAAAAUAAAGUCCGUAAACUAGCUGUCGAGUUUUGUCGUCAUUACCGGGGCAGCAUAGUAAGAAAUCAAGACGACUGUCUGCAAGAUGAUGAAUCUAGACGAUUUCCAAGACGAUGGUCCAGUCAACCCUAUCACAGGAAAGAGAACACGGAUCCUUACAGAAAAAGGACAUGAAAAUCACACAACACAAGUAAGAAAGUUUGAGAGAACAUUGAAAGAAGCAAAACACAUAUUAGAAGAAGAAACACUGAUAUUCCAAGAACUACAAGACUACAGUGACGUGAUAAUUCUUAACCAGUGUCAAAGGAGAACUGAAACAGCCUUAUCAAGGUACUCAAAGAUUUCACAGGAUUUCAUAGACUAUCUCAACAGAACAAAUACCGAGGAGACCCUAAUGCAGGCAUCAACAGAACGUUUUAUCAGAGAAACAGUAAUUACAAAGACUGAAAUAUUACCGCAACACAUUCAGGAAACAAUUUCAAAGGCUAAACAGGUGGACUCUCCAACACCACUUAAUUCAGAAAUUGCCAUCUCACAAUUAGAAACCAAACCUCCUGUAAAUACUUUAUUAGCACCCCAGUCAAUGAUAAUGGACACUAAAUCACCUUCAGUAAAAACAUCCAAGGUUAAAAGUCCAGGAUCUGCAGCGAAUUCUCGACGUUCCAGGCACAGCUCAAACAUUUUUAGUUCUUUAUCGUCAUCGGGCUUGAUUAUGCAACACAAAGCAAAGGCUGAAGCAGCCAAGGCCAAACUUGAAUUUGUCAACCAAGAAGCAAACUUACAAAAGGAGCUCCUGAUUCUCACAGCCCAGAAAGAAGCAGCUGUAGCUGAAUCAGAACUUAAUGCCAUGCUGGAAGAGGUCAAAGGAUCCAUCAUUGAAGAUCUCAGUGAAAUUCAACAGGAGAGGACAAAGAGCUUUGUUGAUGAACAGAAUCUAGCACUUCAAUCAAGUGAGCGUACCCCAAAGAUAAAUGAAUAUGCUAUACCUCCGCCAGACCACGUUGAACCACUUGAGCCUCUACCAGGCCAGUUAAGUUUCAUUAGGCCCAUACCAGGUCGUGUUGACAUCUCGACUCUCCCACCUGGUCAAGAAGAAAGAAAGUAUAAAUCUACACCUAUGAAUCCUCGUGCACCCUCUUUCCUGCCGGAACUACAAUCAUCUAUUCUCAACUACCAACCUGCACAGAACAGUAACCAAAAUCAUGGGAUGGCUAGUGAAUUGACUAAGUUUUUGCUGAGAAAGGAUUUACUUAUGUCAAGAUUCUCGAAUUUCAAUGACCGCCCUGAAACGUAUUCUCUCUGGAAAGCCUCCUUCAGAGCUGUCACUUCCGAGUUAGAAGUAAGUCCGCUGGAAGAAUCAGAUUUGCUGGUUAAGUGGCUAGGCCCUGAGUCGGCAAAAUUCGCACAAAGCAUAAGAACAUCAAACAUAGGGAACCCUACGAGGGCAUUAGCGAAAAUAUGGGAGAGACUAGAAGAGAGAUUUGGGGCUCCUGAGAUGGUGGAGGCAUCUUUAAAGACCAAGAUAGGCAACUUUCCUAAAAUAACAGUUAAGGACAGCAAGAAGCUAUACGACCUGUAUGAUAUACUGAUGGAAAUAGAAGCGGUGAAACAGAACCCAAAGUACACACAACUUCUGAGCUACUAUGAUUCAUCGGCGGGUGUCAUUCCUAUCAUGAAUAAAUUACCCACCCAUUUACAGGGAAAAUGGUGCGACAGGGCUACCAGAUACAAAAGGGCUCAUGAUGUAGCGUUUCCACCUUUCAGUGUGUUUUGUGACUUUGUCAAGGACAUGAGUUCCAUGUUGAAUGAUCCAGGCCUUACAUAUACUGUGGAUAGUUCCACUCCAUCAAGAACAAACAGACCACUUGCGGAUAUCCGCAAACAGCCUACUGUGUAUACCCGGAAAACAGAGGUCCAGGAAGAUUCGGAACAAGGAAAAUCGGAAAAGUGUCCUAUUCAUAACACCAAUCAUUCAUUGAACAAAUGCAGAGAAUUUCUCAAGAAACCGUUUAGGGACAGAAAGAAGCUCAUACGCGACAAGAACAUUUGUUUCAGAUGUUGUCUGACAACAACCCAUAUAGCUAAGGACUGUCAAGCCUCUGUUCAUUGUAAUGACUGUAGAAGUCAGCGUCAUGCAACAGCACUUCACAUGAUUGAAAGGAACCAAGGAAGCCAAAUGCAGAGCACGGCAUUUAAGGAGUCAUCUCAGGGCACACCCAGGAAGGAGCAUGGCGGGGAGCCCACCAAUGACCUUGUAUCUAAAUGUACUCAAUUGUGUGGAGAGAACUUUAAAGGACGCUCGUGUUCUAAGACUGUACUAGUACAAGUCUUUCCAAAGGGACAGCCUAACAAAGCAGUGAAAGUGUAUGCCAUCCUAGAUGACCAAAGCAACAAGACUCUUGGUACUUCUGUUCUUUUUGAUGCGCUGGGCGUUGCUGAUGACAAGUUUGAGUAUUCACUGUCUUCUUGUGCUGGAAAAGUCUUGUUGUCAGCAAGACGUGCCAAUAAUCUCUGUAUUCAACCUUGUGAUGGCAGGGAGACGUUUGAUUUGCCACCAGUGAUCGAGUGUGACAACAUGCCAAAUGAUCGAUCAGAGAUUCCGACACCAGAAGUAGCGAGAUGUUACCGGCACCUGCAUCAUAUUGCACGCCAUAUACCGGAACUUGAGCAAUCCGCAGAGAUAAGCCUCCUUGUUGGUAGGGAUCUGCCGGAAGUGCAUCAUGUAAAGAGUCAGGCAAUCGGUCCUAGACAAACACCAUUUGCGCAAGAAUUGCCAUUGGGAUGGGUGAUAAUUGGCGAAGUCUGCCUUGGACGAUUUCAUGCGUCCAGAACAAUCCAAGUGUCCAAGACGUGUCUGUCUAAGGAUAUAAGGCAAACAAUUCUGCAACCUUGUGAAAACACACUGAAUAUUAAAGAAAUCCAUGACAGCCUGUCCAGAGAAAAAUUUGGUACAGAUAGCAGUAUAUUUGUCAAGACUAGGGAUGAUGACAAGAUAGGCUUGUCUAUCGAUGAUAGAGAGUUCUUGGCAAUCAUGGACAUAUCCUUCAGAAAGGACGGCAAUGGUCACUGGACAGCACCUUUACCAUUCAAGGAGCAACGACCCAUCUUACCUAACAACAAGGUCCUAGCUUUGAAACGAGCCCAUUCCUUGGACGUUAGCCUGAAGAAAAAUCCAACUAAGCGAGACCAUAUGGUUACCUUCAUGAAGGGUGUUAUAGAUAGAGGAGCAGCAGAAGUCGCACCACCAAUUUCAGAAGGCAAGGAAUGCUGGUACCUGCCACUCUUCGGGGUAUACCAUCCUAAGAAGCCCGAUAAGAUUCGAGGUGUUUUUGACUCGUCAGUGGUGUACCAGGGAAUAUCGCUUAACAGUGUCUUGUUGACCGGUCCUAACUUAACAAAUAGUCUGCUCGGAGUCUUACUUCGUUUCCGUAGAGAUCAGAUUGCAGUGAUAGCUGACAUAGAACAAAUGUUCUAUUCAUUUUAUGUAAAGGAAGAGCACCGGGAUUUCCUCCGAUUCUUAUGGUAUCGCAACAACAACCCAGAGGAUGAGCUGAUAGACUACCGCAUGCGAGUGCAUGUGUUCGGCAAUACUCCAUCACCAGCUGUAGCUACGUAUGGAUUACGUAAGGCAGUAGAAAACGGUGACAGAGAUGUUAGGGAUUUCGUUGAAAGGAACUUCUAUGUCGAUGAUGGACUGGUUUCUGUUCCAACCACAGAUGAAGCUAUCGAGCUGGUGAAGGAAACUCAGCAAGUAUUGAAGGAGCAAGGGAACAUUAGAUUACACAAGAUCGCAUCUAACAGUGUAGCAGUUAUGAAUGCAUUUCCCACUCAGGACUUGGAGAAAAGCUUGACUCAAGUCAGCAUUGGAUCAGAUGCUUUACCAACACAGCAGAGCCUUGGUUUGUCAUGGGAUCUUAACUCAGACACCUUUACCUUCAACAACCAAUUAGAAGACAAACCAUUCACCCAGAGAGGACUCCUGUCUACCUUGAACAGCUUAUUUGACCCAAUGGGUUUCAUAGCACCCUUAGUAAUCACAGGGAGAAUAUUGGCCAGGAGCAUUUGUAGUACAGAUGCUGCAUGGGACGAUGACUUACCCGAUACUUACCGACAUGAUUGGGAAAACUGGAGACAAUCUCUGCACAGCCUUAGUCGCUUUAGUGUCCCACGAAUGUUCAUGCCUGGUUCCCUUAGCAAGGUUGACAAACCUGAGAUACAUAUCUAUUCAGAUGCCUCUGAGAAGGCAAUAGCAGCAGUUGCCUUUGUUAAGGACUCUGAAACUGGGAAAUACGGCUUCAUCUUAGGCAAAACAAAGCUUGCACCUUUACUUGGACACACGAUUCCGCGCCUGGAGUUAUGUGCCGCAGUCCUGGCUACUGAGAUAGGAGACAUCAUUGGACAGAACUUAGAUAUUCCAAUGGAAAAUGUAAAGUAUUUCACAGACAGUAAAGUUGUUUUAGGGUACUUAAACAACAACACCAGACGCUUCUAUACAUAUGUGAGCAACCGAGUAGCGAUCAUUCAUGGGCGCUCACAUCCUGAACAGUGGAGAUACAUCUCAACAUCUCGGAACCCCGCUGAUGUUGGGACUAGGGGCGUCCCCAGCGUUAAGGAAUUGAUAGAAGGUAUUUGGAUUCAGGGACCCCCUCUUAGCGAAAAUGAUGAUGACCAUCAAUGUGCAAGGCCAGGUAGUUUCCAGCUGUUUGAUCCAGAUAGUGAUUGUGAAGUAAGACCAUGCAUCAAAACUACCAAAAAUUCCACAGAGGAAUUAUCAAGACAGAUGUUAUCUAAGUUUGAAAAAUUCUCCAGCUGGCAAAGGUUGAUAAGUGCCAUCACUGUGUUAAAGAGAGCAGGAAGGGCCUUCAAGGAGAAGUUCGUACCUUCCUUAAGAGAGAUGUGGGAGCAAACAAGAGAGUUUAUCAUAAAAAUGGUUCAGAGAGAUGCAUACUCGCCAGAAAUACAGUGUCUACAACAACAUAGACCACUGCCCAAAGAAAGUCCACUUAUACAUCUGAAUCCAUAUCUAGAUGAUUCUAGGUUGUUGCGAGUGGGUGGACGCCUCAAUCAGAGUGACCUACCAGUGGAGCUGAAAAAUCCAGUUCUGCUUCCAAAGAAGUCUUAUUUGUCAAGACUUCUGGUCUCACAUUACCAUGAAGAGGUCAAACAUCAGGGAAGAUUGUUUACAGAAGCGACCAUCAGGAGUAAUGGCUACUGGAUUGCAGGAGCCAAACGACUGGUUUCCUCAGUUAUCAACCACUGUGUUACAUGCAAACGACUACGUGGUAAGAUUCAAGAACAGAUAAUGGGCAACUUACCUUUUGAACGCACCUCCACUGGACCACCAUUUUCCAUUGUAGGUGUUGAUGCAUUUGGACCAUGGGAAGUUGUAGCCCGCAAGACAAGAGGUGGCCUUGCACAUAGAAAAAGAUGGGCAAUCUUGUUCACCUGCAUGGCCAUACGAGCAGUGCAUAUUGAAAUCGUAGACGAGAUGAGCAGCUCUGCCUUUAUUAAUGCCUUACGGCGUUUUGUAUGUAUACGAGGAUCAGUGAAGGAGUUCUGUUCAGAUCGCGGAACGAACUUUGUUGGAGCUUUGGAUGCUCUGAGAGUAGAUGGUGUAUAUGUAGAGCAAGGACAAGUACAGGAUUUUCUCCAUAAAUCGGGAACAAUCUGGAAGUUUAACCCUCCUCAUGCUUCACAUAUCGGGGGUUCUUGGGAAAGAAUGAUAGGUAUGGCCCGCAAGAUCCUUGACGCAAUGCUGCUUCAACACAAGGGUCAACUUACCCAUGAAGUCCUUCACACGUUCAUGUACGAAGUGUCAGCCAUAAUCAACUCUCGACCUGUGACUCCAAUAUCAACGGAUCCUGACAAUCCAGUCAUCAUUAGUCCAGCCAUGCUGCUAACUCAAAAGACUGGGUUUGACCCUAUACCUGAUUUGGAUGAUGAUAUAAAGAACUUGUACACAACUGGAUGGAAACGUGUAUGUAUGUUAUCCAACAUGUUCUGGAAACGAUGGAAGGGAGAAUAUCUGAGUUGUCUCCAAGCUCGAAGAAAAUGGAACCAGCAGCGAGAAAAUUUGAAACCAGGGAAUGUAGUCCUAGUACGCGAUUCCACAACUCGUAGAAACCAGUGGCCCUUGGCCUUAAUUCUUCGUGUCUUUCCUUCCAAGGAUGACGGUAAUGUUCGUGCGGUGGAAGUUCGCAUGGUCAAGGAUGGGAAACCAACAAAUCUAGUGCGUCCCAUAUCUGAACUCAUUCUCUUGUUAAGGUAACUCUCAAGGUUUAGUCUGCAACUUACAGUUCUAGUCAGUUAUCAUUAUUAUUAUGUACAUUUUUGUACUUAGUGUAGUAUUAUGAUAGCAUAUGUUGUAUUCUAGUCAAUCCAUUAUUAGUCUUUGUCCUAGUCAUUUGUCAAACCGUCCCUUUAUUGCGCAUGCAAUUUGUGUCUGUCAGACCAAUUUAUACUAGUUUUGAAUGCCUUGCAGGAAUAAUUGAUUUGUGAUAGUGGAGAUAUUUUACAAUAUCUGGCGAGGAGUGUAGUGGAAUGUCAAGAGUUAUCUUUCUUAGCUUGUGUAUCAUUCUGAUUUAGAGUUACCGUUCUUUGUAUAAAACGGCGCAAAAAUUGCACGCUUCUUUGUUUCCACGUAAUCGAGCAAACUGUCUAGAAAGUCAGUCAAGCACCUUGAUGUAAGUUUAUAAUUAUGUUGCUUAUUAUUUUGUCAAGGAUAUGCAUACUGAUAUGCGAUGUAUACUUAAAUUCACUUCUUUAGAAGCUCAUAUUCAUUUCGAAUUUCCUCAGCCUUUAUUUUGGUAUGUUCUGCAGUCUGUAACAGUGAAUUCGUGAAUUUAUUCAGUCAUUGAGUCUGUGUGCGUUUGUGUAUGAAUGAAUGUUAGCAUUUAUUAGUGUUUCUUGUGUUUGUUGUAGUUCUUACGGCGAUCUUAUUGAUGAAAAUAAAGUCCGUAAACUAG